ACGCCCCCCUUCCUGUUUUCUUCUACAUCCGGGUCACGGUGACGACUUGAACCGCUUGUGCUAAGAUGCUACUGUACUAAUCGACGAGAAAAAAGCGAAUCUUUUCCCCAAUUAUCAGCCGCAGCUUUUCGGUGUGAUAUGAGCGAGCCUCGCAAUCCGGGGAUGUCAUCCCUCCACGCGGUCGCCCCCGUGCAACCCUCCGACAGUCCGUGCGCCGUCGACAUCGACCCGGUGGAGUACACCCUUCGGAAAAGACUGCCCCGCAAGCUCCCCAAGAGGCGCAACGACGUAUACGUCAACAUGAAGACGGACUUCCGGGCGCAGCUCGCCCGCUGCCAGAAGCUGUUGGACGGCGGUAGCGGCCACCGGGAGAUCUGCGUGCACGGCCUGGGCCUGGCCAUCAAUCGGGCCAUCAACAUCGCGCUGCAGCUGCAGGCCAGCAGCCAGGGGGCGUUGCAGCUGGCCGCCAAUACCUCCACAGUGGAGCUGGUGGACGACCUGGAACCCGAGGACGCGGACGAGGUCGCCGAGCCCCUGACCCGAACGCGUAACAACUCGGCCAUCCACAUCAAGGUUUUCUACCCCGACCCUUAGUGAAGGCAGCAAGCAGCAGCCGGAGCAACUUCUCUUCAAUUGCAUGCGUGUGUGUCAAACAUGUAAUUUAUUUGGACGACUGAGUUUUGUACAAAGGCGUCCUGAUGGGGGAAAAAUGUUAAAUGUCACGCUAAAUUUUGAGUGGUAGCAAAACAAAACCAAGCUAUUCCAGUUCAGGUUAGUGGCCAGGGUCUUUUUAAGCAGUUAACAUGUGAGACUGAAGUAUUUUUUUCAUAGUGUGUUAGGAACAUGCUUCUUUAGUUUUGAAUGCCUUUUUGUGCAAAAAUUGCUUUCCAUAUGCACCAAGUAUUGUUCACAUCGCUAAUGUACAGUAGUAAUGUUUACUUUGCAAGUUGUGUUGUUGUAUUGAAUGUUGGCAGGGUGUCAGUCGUCAAUAAGCUCCACCUAUACCUUUUGUUUUCUUCUACCAUCCCAAACAUUUGCCAGUGGAAGUCUUGUUUGUAAUCUACAAAUAAAAAUAGCUAGAACACAGCCAGCAAUU